AAUAAAUAUUACUACAUCUUUUCCAGAUUGAGUGUGUGAAUGUUUGGCGAUAAAAAUAAACUGAAUUAUGGGUUUUUCUGUGAUGAUUCUAUGAGUGUGCUGUGAUUUAAUACAUUUGGAAGUUGUUAUAUAGUGGGAUUGUAAAAGAUAGCACAAAACUAUAAUACCUGCUUAAUAAUAAUAAUUAAUAAAAUAGUUGCCUUGGAAGAGUUUGCUGUUUAUGGAAUUGAGGUGGAUGUUGAAUCACGCAUCACCCGUAAGGCAUUAAUAAUGCCCAAACUGCCUAAUGUCCUAACACUAGAAGAAAAAAAAUUUCUCUUGGCAGUUGAACGCGGAGAUUUAGGCAACGUCAGAAGGAUGCUCCAAAAAGCUUAUCGAAAAAAAACCUCUUUGGACGUUAACUGUAUGGACAGCCUCGGCAGAGGAGCAUUAACAAUAGCAAUAGAUCAGGAAAACUUAGAAAUGGUCGAACUGUUGGUGGUAAUGGGGGUGGAAACCAAAGAUUCUUUACUCCAUGCCAUCAAUGUCGAGUUUGUGGAAGCUGUAGAGCUGCUUCUGGAACAUGAAGAGCUUAUUCAUAAAGAUGGUGAACCAUACAGCUGGCAGAAAGUAGAUAUUAACACGGCUAUGUUCACCCCAGAUAUUACUCCCCUUAUUUUGGCUGCUCAUAGGAAUAACUACGAAAUCCUUAAGAUUUUGCUGGACAGAGGAGCUACGGUUCCAAUGCCUCAUGAUAUAAAAUGCGGCUGUGAUGAAUGUAUACAAAAAUCCGAAGAAGAUUCUCUUCGACACUCCUUAUCGAGACUAAACGAAUACAAAGCCCUUGCCAGUCCGUCCCUAAUAGCUCUCUCCUCAAGUGAUCCCUUACUGACAGCUUUCCAGUUGUCUUGGGAGCUACGAAAUUUGGCAUUCGCUGAACCUGAAUGUAAAUCGGAAUAUAUGGAUUUGCGUCUUCAGUGUCAGCAGUUCGCCGUAGAUUUGUUACACCAGUCCCGAAAUUCUCAGGAACUAGCUAUAAUAUUAAACCACGAUCCAGAGAAUCCUCCGUACGAAGAAGGAGAACACAUGAAACUAGCUAGGUUAGAGUUAGCUAUACAGUACAAACAGAAAAAAUUUGUAUCGCAUCCAAACAUUCAACAACUGCUAGCAGCUAUUUGGUACGAAGGUGUUCCAGGUUUUAGAAGAAAAUCCUCAAAAGAAAAAAUAAUGAUCACUGUAAGGGUAGCAGUGUUAUUUCCGUUCUACUGUAUGCUGUAUAUGAUUGCUCCAGAAACACAUACAGGAAAACUGAUGAGGAAACCGUUCAUGAAGUUCUUGAUACAUGCAUCGUCGUAUUUGUUUUUUCUAUUGCUACUUAUUUUGGUGUCACUAAGAGCUGAUGACUUGGUCUUAGAACAUUUUGGAUCAGAUUCUAUGAAAGCAUAUGUGAUAGAGAAGUAUGAAAAACAAAGAGGGAAUCCUCCCACCAUACUGGAAUAUGCUGUUCUUCUAUACGUCAUAGGUUUCAUUUUCGAAGAGACUCAGGAAAUAUUCGUUGAAGGGAUAAAGUCGUACCUAAGAAACUUAUGGAACUUCAUUGAUUUCACUAGAAACGUAUUAUAUACAGCAGUAUUCUUGCUGCGUGUGGCUUCGUACUUUCAGCAGGCGGCUGAGAUUAAAAACGAUCCGUCCACGGCGUACAUCAGAAGAGAAGAAUGGUAUGCCUUUGAUCCGCAGCUCAUUGCUGAGGGUUUGUUUGCGGCUGCAAAUAUCUUUAGUGCCUUAAAACUAGUCCAUCUCUUCUCUAUCAAUCCGCACUUGGGACCAUUGCAGAUAUCUUUAGGCCGAAUGGUUAUCGACAUCGUCAAAUUUUUCUUUAUAUACUCAUUAGUUUUGUUCGCCUUUGCAUGUGGCCUUAAUCAACUAUUAUGGUACUUCUCUGACUUAGAAAAAAAGAAGUGCUAUCACCUACCAAAUGGUGAACCAGAUUUUGAUGGAGCUGCAGAUGCAUGUAUGAAGUGGAGGCGAUUUGCAAAUGUCUUUGAGUCGUCGCAGUCACUGUUUUGGGCUAGUUUUGGAAUGGUUGAUCUUUCCAGCUUUGAACUGACAGGAAUUAAAACGUAUACCAGAUUCUGGGGUCUUCUAAUGUUUGGUUCAUACAGUGUAAUCAAUGUAAUCGUACUAUUGAAUCUUCUGAUAGCUAUGAUGUCAAAUUCGUACGCUAUGAUAGAUGAACACUCUGAUACCGAGUGGAAAUUUGCCAGAACGAAGCUCUGGAUGAGUUAUUUCGAAGAAACUGGAACACUGCCCCCACCUUUUAACAUUUUCCCCAAACCAAAGAUGUUGUUCAAACUUUUAGGAUUAAGGAAGAAGGACAAAAUGAGAAGAAUGUCGACUAAGAGGAGAAAUCGAGAAGAGAAAGAAAGGGACUACCGAUAUACAGCAGUUAUGAGAGCUCUUGUGUGGAGAUACGUGUCUGCCAUGCACAGAAAAUGUGAUGAGGCAAUGGUUACCGAGGACGAUGUUAAUGAACUGAAAAGUGAUAUUUCUUCCUUUAGAUAUGAAAUCCUAGAGGUUCUUGGAAAGAAUGGAAUGGAUAUUUCAUCCGCAGAAAGGAAAGAAAAAGCAAUAUUGGGUAAAAAGAUGAAAGUUUGGGAAAGGCGACUAAUGAAAGACUUCAAAGUAGCUCCAAUAUCUCAAGAAGAAGAUGAAGAUUUAGAGUUAUUUGCGCCUCCUCCAGAAAAUGAAAACUCCUUGGCUAGAUUCCGAAGAAUAGCCAAACUGGCGGUCCUGGACACGAACACUGUCAAGUGGAGACAAGUAGUAAAGAGUGCUCAGAUAGCGUCUCAAAUUGGUCGAUGCCAUAGAAAAGAUUCCUUAAAGAAACAGCAGAAUUUACAACGAGCCAUCGAGGAAGCGAGACGAAUAUCGUCAAAGAGCCCUGAAAACCUAUCAAGGGCAACUACGCCAGUAACUCCUAUAACAUUACCAGAUCUGAGUGGAUCAGAAAUGGUGGGAUUAAUUACUGGAGAAAAAGGAAAGAAGAUAUAUGCUUUGAGUCCCCAUAUAACAGUAAAAAAACCGACACCAACAGCAGCUACACCUACCAUCUCAAUUGAUCCACCUAAAACUAAUGCUACAAAAGAAACAUCUCCUGCGGUUGCAAAACUUACUAAAGAAGAGAAAGAUCUUAUUGAAUUUGAUAGCGCCAAAGCUUCUCCAGUGCCAAGCAUGAAACAAUCUGAAGACUCAUCCUCGUCUGACUCCCUAGAUCAAAUCCUGAAGGAUAUUAACAUAUCAGAAACUGACUAUUCACAGGAUACUAUUACCUCACCUCCGAUAAUAGUGUCCCCUCCUCUAGAAGAGUCUGGAAGCCCAGGAAAGAAAUCCAUUGAUUCGUACAUUGACUCCAAACGUAAAACUAAUGUUGAAGAUGUUCUUGGUGAGGAUUGGAAUCUGUCAGAAGAUGAAAAAUCAAUAAUUGAUGAUAUAUCAAAAGAAGAAGCUAUAUCUAUACCUAGACCGACCAGUCCCAUACCUAAAGUAUUAUUAAAAGACCCACAGUCACCUAAGAAAAGCAGCCUUAAAGGAAGUCCAAGCAGAGGUCCUGCACCAAAGAGUCCAAAAAGUACUCCAGAACCACCCAAGAGCCCAAAAUCUACUUCUGAUAUUAUAAAAUCUCCAACACCUAUUAGUCCAGCAAGAAAAACACCAGAACCAAUAAAUGUAGAAGCUACUGUAGCUAGUCCAGUUAACGAAUCAGCUAUACGAAGAUCACCUAGUCCAAUUACCACGCCACAAAUGGUGAAAAAAGGAUCUUCAGAUUCAAAGGAAGUAGAAUCUUCUACUGAAGAUGUUAAUAAAUCCAUCGAUGGUGAUACAGCUACUUGUGAAGAAGUUCCCAAGACCAAAGAUGAUACAAACACUGAAGAAAAGGUGGAGAGGUCCAGUUCAGAAUUGGAGUCUGAAGCAGAUGCAGAGGUGGCAGCUUUAACGAAGGAAGAACAACCCGAGCAUGAAAGUACGAAGACUCCAGAAAAAGUAAAAUCUGGACCAAAGCAUGUUGUAACUUUUGCAGACGAAAAGGAUAAACUACAAACUGCACCACCGAUGACUUCCGCCAUGUCUCCCCUAGCUCUAAGAAAUAUUCAACGAGUUCAUACUACGAAAUCGCAACCAAAAUAUGGUUGGUUAUAAAUAUUACAACCUAGAUCAUCAUAUACAAGAAAUAAAAAUAAUGAUUAGUUGUUCAAAUGAACCCCUCAAAGAGUGCCUUGUUUUCAAUUUUGGGUUUUUAUAAUAAUUUCAUAUAACUUCUAUAAUUUCCUAUAUUCCAGCUAGGUACCGAGUCUUAAGGUGAAAUAACAGUUAUUUUACUGCUGUAAUCGGAAGUCACCAUUCACCACCAUUGUUAACAUAUUAUUAUACUUUUUGUCUACACCAAGUGUCGACUAUACCAGAACAACAAUGAUUUCACUGCUCUGCUGUAUUCUUUCUGAUCUUUAUAUGGGGAAUUUGCUUUUCUCCAGAUUUGAGUUUGUAGAAAUCGAUGCAAUGCAUAGCUGAUGAUAGACAAUAACCUUGAAAUCGCAGUGACAUGGUGGUUUCUACAAAUUCAAGAACAAAGGGCUAGCCGGGUAAGAUGGUGAAAAGUGCCCCCAACCCAAUUUAAAUUCCAUAUAGGCCACUUUUUCGCACAUAUAGAGGAACUCACUUUCUGAAAUUUUUAUCCCUCUAGGUGGUCACGUGACCCCCCUAGAGCCUAAUUAGGCUUUUUAGGUUUUUAUUUUUUAUCUCAGCCGCAUCAAGAGCUAGCCAAAAA